GCGAAUACACGUCACCGAUUGUUCUUCCUGCAUUGUUGGUUCUCUUAUUAAGACCGUUGUUAGCUUGGACCCAGACAACACACCUUCCCGAAUACACAGAGGGGGCCGAGAAAUGACGUCGUUUGAUUCCUUCAGCACCAACGGUGACGAGCACCACUCGCCUGCUGCGCGCCCCUUCGACGAAGAUGGCUACAUGGGCUACGAUUCUUCCGAACCCUAUGCGGGGGACCCACCGCCCCCAACUGCUCCAUCAGAUGACCUCACCGCCGGCCACCACUACAGCUACAACGACGACGUUUACGCGAUCCCCGCGCAGGCUAACCCGGACUUCGCGUCUCCCUUCGAGUCCACCGCAAAUGUGGAUGCUGAUGAAGAUGGUGGGGUUUUCGUUCCGGAUGGCCCCGUUCUGCCACCGCCAGACGAGAUGCGCGAGGAAGGGUCCAAGCUGCGCGAGUGGAGGCGCCAAAAUGCCAUCCAUCUUGGGGAAAAGGAAAAAAGAGAGAAGGAGAUGCGGAAUCAAAUUAUUGAAGAAGCUGAAGAGUAUAAACGAUCUUUUUAUGAGAAAAGGAAGCUAAAUUGUGAAACAAACAAGGCUAACAACAGAGAAAGAGAGAAGCUUUACUUGGUCAACCAAGAGAAGUUCCACAAAGAAGCUGACAAGCAGUACUGGAAAGCAAUAGCAGAGACCAUUCCUCGUGAGGUCCCUAACAUUGAAAAGCGUGGGAAGAAAGAUGCUGACAAAAAGCCUUCAGUUGUGGUCAUUCAGGGUCCAAAGCCUGGGAAACCCACUGAUCUUUCAAGAAUGCGCCAGAUUCUCUCAAAGCUGAAACAGAACCCUCCCCCACACAUGAUACCUCCCCCACCAACCCCUGUUAAAGAUGAUAAGAAAGCGAAGGAAGGGAAGGAUGCCAAAAAUGGAAAAAAUCCCACGCCCACGGCAGCAGAUACUGCAGCUGGAAAUGCAUCUACUUCUCCUGUAAAAGAUACUGUAGCUAAUAUUGCUUCUGACCCAUCCAAACAUGUGGCUUCUACAGCUACUGAGGGUGAGCAAGUUACCAAAACCGAGCCAGUCCCUGCUGAGUGAUGACAAACAGUAUAUUUUCUUCUAUUCUUAAUUUCUUAUUCAUUCUAGCUUACCUCUAUUUAGUUUCACUGCUUACCAUUCAUUUGAGGAGAAAUAAAACGACUGUCUGUAGAUGCUUUAGAGUCUGCAGGAUGGCCGUAUUGAUUUUUCUUCCUUACCUAUCUUUUCCUGAGGAUUUUGUAGGGCUUUUAUAUGCAAUUUUUUGCCCCCCUCU